CUAUCAGCGAUACAUAUUUAUGUUUAAGAACAUUUUUAACAAUAUGAGUAUUUUUAACUGUUAAUUAAGCUACAGGGCAACAUAAAAGACAUGUUUUACAUUUCGAUUUAGUCGUGUGUUUACGAGUGUUGUUUGAUUUUGCGCGGAAGGAUCUGUACGUUCCUUCCGCAGACUCAAACGUGGAGGGUAAUUUGAAUCACUUUCUUCUCGAGUCGUGUCAGAAUACUUCUUAAAAACUUUUAUACUUGCGUGCUUUGUGAUACUACGAGCUUUAUAUGACAUUAUAUAUAUAUAUAUAUGAACUUAAAUGUACAGGCAGAUGGCUACAGCACAGAGUAUCACUUAUGCCACCAAGGAAGAUCAGAAGGAGAAAAGGUCAGCUAUAAAGGAUGGCACAUCCCCCGUUAAAGAUGGCCUGUCUGCUGGUCUGGAUUUCUCUGAGCUUACACCAAGUACGUUUGGCAUCUCUGUUGGGAGUUUUAUCCCAUCAUCCUCAGAUCGCAAAGAGAAAUCACGUCUUGCACAGAUAAAAGCAAGGCGAAGAUCCAGUGUUGGUGUCCGAGGCUCCCCGGAGACUAAUUCCUUAAUUUGUUUCAUGGCACGACAGAGGAUGAAGACCCCACCAGUCUCUCAAACUCCAGAGAUCGUUAGAGGAAGCCCCUUCUUUCCUCAGGUCGCCUCCACUCUGAGUCAGAAGAUGGCCUCCUUCCAGAGCCUGAUGGAUGUUGCGGAGAGUGACGCCUGUGAUCCAAUGCCAGUGCAGGACUGUGACAGUGGAGGAUGCAUCAGGACGGGAGAUUAUCUGUCUGAUGGGAUCAGCUGUAGUGCAGGCAAGGAGAACAACCCCCCAAUGACACACACACCCAGUAAGAGGAGGUGCGGGGGCCUCCUCAAAGCCUGUGUUGUGGAGAUUAGAGAGGCCAAACCUCCUCUCUCUCUUCCCCAUCUGAAGAACCAGGAUGCUGUUUGUCAACCACGCUGUGAUGGGCUUGCGUUUGCUUCACCACCCCAGCAGUCCUCACCCUUCCACAUCCCCUCCCUCCCUUCUCAGUUGGAGAUGGAAGCUGCAGAAGAGGAGGAAUCCAGCAGGGCAUCAACUGUAAAGAAAAAGAAACGGGUCCGCUUUGGAGAUUCUCUUUCUCCUGAGUUCUUUGAUAAGAACUUGCCUCCCAGUACUCCAUUACAGAAGGGGGGCACCCCAGCACGAGCACCAACUCCUGGUGGGAGCUUACAGCUGCGCUCAGUGCUGAAGACACCACAGAGGAGUCAAUCUGAGACGCUAUCGUCACAACCGGAACCUCACAGCCCCACUGGGUUUGAUAACUCCCCCGUAUUUAAAAUACCAACCAAGCACAGAAAGCUGUCUGAGGGGGGCGAUGGGGGGCAAAUGGAUGGAGAGAUCGUUUUCCCUUCGAUGGAAGAGAUCGACUUAGCAGUGACAAAUGAUGCAGAGUGUGUGUUUGAUGUCCAGCCAUUGAAUUUAGACACAGCUUUCCAUGAGGAGUCGCUUUCCCAGACUCUGACAGAGUUUGAGACCAAACCCGGUGAAACCUCUCGGAUAGAUGUUCUGUGUGAGUGUGAAUCUGAGCCAGAGGAGAAGCAAACAGAAUCGGAUGUUAAAAGUUCAACUCCAGAACCGUCCAGGAACAGAAAGAGAAAGAAGCGUCCAGAGCAACUACCCACUGCUGAGGCCCAAUCACACUCUAGCAAACAAGAGAGAAAGAGACCCACUUUAUCUUUGGGGCAGAGACAGACCAACUCUCUGUUCCUCCUGCAGCCAAAGGAGAGUGAACCUGUGAAGAGGCUGACGCGAUCUGCUGCCAAGUCGGCCUGUAAGAAGAUGAAGGUGACCUCCAAGGAUAAUAAACGCUGGAAUAAAGACGUAGACCACUCUCUUUACGGCUCACGUGAGUACGCCUCCAAGAACCCCACUCUGAGUCCCAUCGCAGAGAUGUUGUCCUUCAGCAGCCAGGAAACUGCUACAGGCUGCACAGCUUUAAAUCAAGAGUUCCUCAUCAAACCUGAGGUGGCAAAUGACACUGAAGCAGGAGGUGAUCUUGCUGUGACAAAAACCUUGGAAAACCCUUCCCUAGAUUCUGUAGAAGGGAAGAGCAAUGGGAUGCUAGGGUUAACAGUCAGAAAAAGAGGCCCGAAGAAGAGGAAGGUCAGUGUUGCCGACAGUGAGGAGCCUCAAGUGCAGACAGAAAAACACACAAAGAACUUUGAAGAUCAAACCACAUCUAGCCUCGAGGUUUCAAGUGGAAACCUGUCAAAAUGCAGUGAACCUGGGCAAAAAGAAGCUGACAUUGAAGAACUUCCUGCCCAGACUUCUUCAGACACCCCCUGCACAGUCCCAGAGAAAUCAGAAUAUCAUCCAAGUCUGCAUGCACCCCCCUCAGACUCCCCACCUUCAGAUGAUGAAUCCAGCAACACAGAGCCAGAGCACAAACAAGCCAAGCGGGGCAGAAGGAGCUCAAAGCUACAGCAGCCGCAAAUGUACAGAGCGAAGCUCCAAACCAACUGUGACGUGGAUGAGAGCAGACUGGGAAACCAAGCAGCUAGCCAACAAGAGAUCGUCCCAUCAAGCCAGGAAGAAGGGGGUGUAGCCUAUGCAAACCUUGCCCCUUGGCAGGAUGACUUUAAUUUUGAGGAUAUAUUCAAACCAAUUGUCACUAGAGAGCGGCGCUCAGUUCGCCGCAGCCUGAGGAACCAGAAUAACACUGAGCACAGCAGCAACAGUGCAGGACUUACCUGGCUGCCUCACACCUCCCCCGACUCUGUUAAAGAGACUCGCAGGAGGACCCGCGCACGGCGACUCAGCGCUGCUCCGCCCACCCAACCUCCACCUCCUGAGGAGAUGCAAGACGCCUCAUCCAAUGAACUGACAGUAAAGGGAGAAAACUAAUAAUCACACACUACUUCCUCCACUUCUUUGAUCUGUUUUCUUAAACCAAAAUUGAUUUUACAAAAUGACUGAUUUUACAUUAGCUAAAACAUUGAUGGUUUUCUUUGUGAAUUAUUAGAGCUGACCAGUAAUUUCUAACCAUUUUCCCUAUUGUAACCUAUCAAGUCAAUACAGAGUACCCAAUCAUCUCUGCUGACCACUUCUUAAUCAAUAUCCCACCACUCAGCUGGUAAUCACAGUACAUCUUCAGCUCCACUCUCCAAAGUCACUGGAUCCAGCAUCUUUUAGUCAAUAACUCCUGUGGAUAGAUAAAGAAGGCGCUACAGCUUAAUGCACUCAGAUAGUUGUUUAUGUCUGCUAACUGGGGUGCUUCUUUUGUUUGCCUUACAUGAACAGCCGAGUUAACGUAAUUUCAGAGUAAUGGAAUGUGAAAAUGCACCUUCUGCUUUGAGCAAAUGUUUUUGUCUGUGUAAAGGCCAAGCUCUGUUCAUUUAACCAGAUCAUUUUAACUCAUUUAGAAGAAAUUCAUCUAAACAAUAAAACAAAAAGCCAUC